ACCCAUUCAAUUGCCCACUCCCCUUCUCCCCACCCCAGCUCUCCAUCCCUUCUCCGUCCUUCUUAACUGCCCAUUCACCUGCAGUUGCAGACCUCGUCAGGGACCCGCAACGCAUGACCAUACUUACUCGCUCGCAGACAGCGGCGAUGGAUCAGAAAGCAGGCGAGUCUGACGAGGCCUACGAGGCACGGUUGGCUGCUAUCAUAGCCAAAAGCAAGCAACGGGCAGAAGCAGCGGCAGCAGCACGGAAGAAGAGAGAGGCAGAGGCAGAGAGACUGCGUCUUCUGGCCGAAGAACAGCGACAGAAGCACGCGGCAGCAGCAGCCAAGGCCGCUGAUGAAGAACGUGUGCGGCGACGCGAGGUUAUAUUCAGGGAGGAGAAUGCAUUACAUGCACAGGCCAAGGACUGGCAGAGGGAGGCCGAGAACGGAGAAUCCGUUGACUACGGGAUCAGAGUAGCUCAGCUGCUCAACCGCGUCACAGACCUCCUCGCUACUUGUAUCGCGCAGCAGGAGGACAUCCACUCUCUCGACCACACCAACAAGGCGUUACAACAGUCGAUGGACCAGMUGCUCAAGSGCAUACAACAGCURGAGCAGCAGGUCGCUACUGCCAGCGCYGRCCCCUCSGACCUCACYGAUCGCGUCAAUGUCUUGGAGAUAGACGUGGGAACWCUUAAGACUSGGGCACARCAGCUGSAACAGCAGGUUUYCGCAGCGGCCGGCCCUAGCGCAACRACRMGCGAAACURUUGCCAAGUUCGAUGGGCUCCCGAUCUUCUGUGAMGCAUCGAAGACCGACCCCWUCCAAUGGUGGCGCCAGUUUGAACUCAAGCUGGAUAYCCACCACGUCAUCGAYGCAAAUCGGCAUGCAUAUUUGUACUCCCGCUCGGGAGGCGCGUGUCAGGCAUGGUUGGACAACAUGCUGUCCGCACAUGCAUGUACAGUCACCGAGUUACACAAGUACAUCACCUGGGCGGAUCUCACGGCGGCAUGGAAGAAGCGUUUCCAAGUAGAACCGCCCGAGCACCAGGCAAUGGACAAGCUGCUGAUAUUUUUCGCAGAACAGCAUGCCAAGUGGAGACUGGAUAUCCGAGUUCCAACGACUGGCAAGCACGCCCAAGUUGCCGAUGAAUUUCGACGUCAUCAAGCUUUACUUCAUAAAGAGGCCGUGCUUAGUGUUGCAGAAUGCAUCUCGAUUCGGCUGCAAGAUCGCUACAAGACCACCUUCAAGACACGGUAUGGGCACUUCGAGUGGGUCGUCAUGCCUUUUGGACUCACCAACGCCCCGAUGACUUUUCAAGUGGCGAUGACCAACGAGUUCCGUGCAAUGCUGGACCGGUUCGUGCUAGUCUACUUGCACGACAUCCUCGUCUGUAGUUGGACCUUGGAGGAACAUCUUGACCAUCUUCGACGAGUGUUGGAGACACUCCGGCGCGCCAAGUUCAAAGCCAACCGCGACAAGUGCGAAUUCGUACGCCAAGAGUUGGAAUACUUGGGCCACUUCGUUACUCCACAAGGCAUCAGUCUGUUGUCAGACAAGAUUCAAGCCGUCCAAGAUUGGUCGCAGCUGCGAAACGUCAUGGAUGUCCGAUCAUUCCUUGGGCUUGCCGGCUACUACCAAUGUUUCAUCAAAGUGUGCUCGAAGAUCGCGGCUCACUUAACCAAGCUUCAAUGCGAGAACCGGUCGUUUGACUUCAGGACGGACGCACGUGAAUCAUUCUUGGCCCUCAAGGUCGCAUUGCUCUCCGCGGAGGUAUUGCGGAUAUACGACCCGCUAUUGCCAACACGUGUCACCACGGACGCGUCCGGCUAUGACAUUGGUGCUAUCCUCGAACAACAUGACGGCAUGGACUGACACCCAGUCGAAUACUUCAGCAAGAGAAUGUCGGCCCUGCGCUCAAUCGAUGAUGCACGCAAGAAG